CCUGCCGGCCCUCCUUCCCUCCUUCCCCCUUCCUUCCCCUCCCUCCCCGUCCCUUCCUCUCUCCGCCUGGUGCCGCCACCGCCGAGGAGGAGGAACAUGGCGAAAGCGGAGCAGGUCCUCAGCCUCGAACCGCAGCACGAGCUCAAAUUCAAAGGUCCUUUCACAGAUGUUGUCACUACAAACCUGAAACUCGGCAAUCCUACAGACAGAAAUGUGUGCUUCAAAGUUAAGACCACAGCACCACGUAGAUACUGUGUAAGGCCUAACAGUGGAAUUAUCGAUGCAGGAACAUCAAUUAAUGUUUCUGUGAUGCUACAGCCUUUUGACUAUGACCCUAAUGAGAAAAGUAAACACAAGUUUAUGGUUCAGUCUAUGUUUGCUCCAGCUGAUACUUCAGAUAUGGAAGCAGUAUGGAAAGAAGCAAAACCAGAAGAACUCAUGGAUUCAAAACUUAGGUGUGUGUUUGAGCUACCAGCGGAAAAUGAUAAGCCUCAUGACAUAGAAAUAAAUAAAAUUGUAUCCACAACUGCAACAAAGACAGAUUCCUCUGUAAUGUCUAAAUCAAUAAGUUCUUCUUUGGAUGACACUGAAGUUAAGAAAGUAAUGGAAGACUAUAAGAGGCUUCAAGUAGAAGUUCAGAGGUUACGGGAGGAGAAUAAACAGUUUAAGGAAGAAGAUGGACUGCGGAUGAGGAAGGCACCCCAGACAAACAACCCAAUAUCUGCUUCUGCAGCUGCUGUCAAGGACGAAGGGCUCAGCUCCAGACUACUUGCUUUGGUGGUUUUGUUCUUUGUCUUUGGUGUAAUUAUAGGAAAAAUAGCCUUGUAGAGGCAGCAUGCUGGAAAUUGUAAAUUGGUUUGAUGGUUCUGCCAUAUCAUUGGAUUAAAUUUAUUCAUAACAAUGUUUAAAAAAAAAUUAAUGUAUGACAUCUCACAGGUCUUGCCUUUAAAUUACCCCUGCACAAAUACUAUGUAACAUAAUCUAGAAAGUUUAAAAUGUACAAUGAGUGAAUGAAUGAAAGAGAAUAUGCUUCAGUGAUGAAGGGGGGGAGAAAAUCAUGAUUUAACACUACAAUGGAAUAUUGUAUAUGUCAUUUUAAACAUUCUUAGACCCUGGUACAUGUUGCUGGAUUACCUCUUUUUAAAAAAAAAACAAAAGGAAAAAUAGAAAAAACUAUUCCUCCACUGCUGGAGCUGGCCCUAUUGGAUGUUUGGAGCUGGGUUAGGCAGGAGGUGUUGAUAACUUCUGUAAAAUACGUUAAUCCACCAUUCUGCUCAUAAAUUUAACAGUUUCUGUCAGUGUCUUCAACUCUGUGCAAGUUACCAGUUUCUUGGCACUUAAAUGAAUAGUGAGAAGCUGAAAAGAAUUAUAUGUGGCAAUGCUGAAUGUGCUAGGCAUCAUCAAGAGGCAUAUAUUGACUGGUAUGACGCUCAUUUGGAAUAAAGGUCAAUGCCUUGUUCUCAUAAAGGGACCAAGCUACAUUGCUGUUGGUUCAUUUAGUUGAAUGAAAAUGUUAUUCAGAGAUGUUUAAUGCAUAUUUAACUUAUUUAAUGUAUUUCAUCUCAUGUUUCCUUAUUGUCACAAAAUUGACUAAUACUACAUGGUAUGAAAAGGCACCUGUUUAAAGCCAGUGACUAGAACUAAAAAUUUGCUGCUGUAGUGAUGCGAGAUUCUUCUGCCUCCAGGUGUUUUGGGCACUACACAGUUGUUGGGAGUUUUGAUCAUCUGAGCAUUGGAGAACAGUGGUCAGGAAACUGUUUUUGUAUGUAAAUAAGUCUAUCUAGGGGAAAAAAUAUUAGUAGUAAACUAGUCCUAUGCCGUAAAAGACCAAUCCUGUUUGACUAUGUAGCAUCUUAAAAAAAGAAAAAAAAGAAAAGAAAAGAAAAAUUAAAUAAAGCCCCCAAAUUAAUGUUUCUUUUGUUACUUUUGUCAUGUUCUCACAGUUUUAGAGGGGGGGAGGAAACAGUAUUCUCUUGUCAGCUUAGUUUGUUUAUGGCAUACGGAAACUUGCAGCCUUGUUUGAGGAUGAAUUUUUUUUUCCAGCCUAAUUUUAAAAUCAACCCAAACAACCCCAUCAUGAGCCUGAUACACAUAAGUGUUGUUCAGAGUAACCCUGCUGACUGCUGAGGUGCAAGGUAACUUCCCAUUUUUCAGUUUAGUUGGGUUCAGUAGUUAAGAUGCUUGACAGCGUGUUGAAAGUAAGGUUAAGGUAAUUUUGUUGCUAAGCAUACUUUUAGUGCAAAAUACAUAAACUCAAUGUGUUUUAACAUGUUGAACUUGAGUAUAUGAAAUAGCUUUUGAGCAGGUAAAUUCCUAUAUAUUCUUAGAUGGUAGGUCCAAAAACCAUUGCUGACAAAAGUUUCUGUAACACCUUUCAGGAUUAAGAUACGUCUUUCAAGAGUGACUUCUUUCAUUCCUUUAUUAUUCCUGUGAUUUCUUGAGAAAGCUGUGUGGGCUGCAGCCUGUCUACUACGCUCGUUGACCUUUAUAUUUGUUCCACUUGUGUCUCAAGGGUUUCCUGCUUUGCAAGUGCAAAUAAGUGAAAUUUUAUGUGAGGUUUAGUAAGAAAAUAGGAGGGGAAAAAAAAUCUUAACUAGUGUGUUCAGCUUAUGAACACAACUCAGAGUAUUCUAGAAGAUUCAACAGAAAUGAGAGGUGUAUCUUUAGCGUUUUAAAACGCUAGUGCCUUGUCUGCUCAGGACGGAAGUGACAAAGCUAUUAAAGUAUGCCUGUAAAGGGCAGAGAAGAUGGGAGAUGAGCUGGAAAGAACGAAGCAGUGAGUUCAGUGAGAUAAAUUGGGCAGAACUGAUCAAGAAGAAGAUACUUUCUGGGCAGUAGAAUCUAAUGAAAACUUUUACAUGAAACAUUUUAAAAGAACCUUUUUAGAAAGACAAGGUUGUAAGUGAUGUUGCAAAUUAGUUUUCACGGCUUUGAAGAAUAUAUUUGAGAAAACCUUUACUGAAGGGAGACUGAGCUAUGCUUUUUUUUUAAGAGGCUGUAAAUAUCUUGAUCUCACUAAAAAUGUGUAAGCAGAAGAGAUGAAUUCCUAAUUUGCUUUUUAAAAAAACAAUAAUUUUUUUGAGCCCUUUGUUCUGCUGAAAAACAGCCUCAAAGUUUGUUUUAAAAAAAAUUGCUGCCUUUGCAGGGUGAAGGUGGAGGAUCGAAACUUUAAACUGGUCUUUUGUGAGUAUACCUGUAAUAAUGUUCCAGGCAGAUUUUACACACACUGUUAGCUACCACAGGUGACUUUGCUGGCACAGACAGCUCCCAGAUGAAGGGGAAAAGCCAGCAGAAUGUCUGUCCUCCUCCCAGUGUUCAGUAGUCACUUCUUAGUGAUCUGUGACAACAUGGAACUUUAAAUCAUUUGUGAGCAAAGUUGUUCCUGUUGUUUGCACUCCAGGGUUAUAAAGAGGUCCUAGAAGACACUCUCGUGCUUUGCUAGAUGCCUUACAAAUGGGUGAUCAAGGAGACCAACAAACAGAAGCCCUUAGUUAUAGAUCUGUUGGUAACGACUGUAGCCUGCAGCUGGGGCUUACCCACACCAUCAGUCCUAAACAAGACUGUUAAAUUAAAUUCUUAUAUUUUGGAAUUUAACAAAAUUGGGGUCUUUCCUAACAAUUUCUGACAACACAGCCUGAACAGACAGUAGCACUGAAUUGUCUGGGUAAUGCUUUGCUUUUGCUGAGCUUAAAAUAAAAUGACUGAUCAGUGGAAUCCUUAUUACCUGUCUGUUUGACCGGAUGCUUCUUUCAUACAUGGUAGAAAGAAAUCUAAAAGUGUUUUUUCUUCCAAGGUUUCUAAAAGGCCAGUCUGUAGAUACAUUGUAAAAAUAUAUUGGAUGGAUGUUCUUAAGCCACCUGGAUCUUUUGUAAGUUGUUCCUUACAUGGUGACACCAGAGCAAAUGUUUUCAUGAAGUAUUCCUAGAAAGUGAAUUAUUCUGGUGGGCAUUGUGUAUCUUAGGAAGUUAUUCAUGAAACAGAGUUUCUAAAUAAGAUUAUUGUCUAGUGCCCUCACACAACACCAGAUAUUAGAAAACUGUAAUUGAUCCAUGAUAGUAGAAAUCACGUUAUUACUUAAUCUAAUUAUUGUCCUUACUGUUACUUUAAGAUGCCCACUUGCAUAUAUGUUUAUUGUUAAUUUUUGUAAGAGCCAGUAGAAGCUGCUUAGGUAGUCUUUAUUUUGUGGAGCUUUACGUUCCUGUCUGCACUCUUUGGGCAAAUUUGGUAUAAAUAGAUACCUAAAUUGUCUUGAAGCCUAUUACUGAGAAAUGAAUGGAAAAUGGUUUCUACUAUUUUCAUGUAGUUAUCCACAUCUUAAAGCAAAUAUUCCAUGCAUGAAUGAUCAUAACUAUUGCUCUGCAUUGGCAGUUUUCAGCUGUGAAUGCACAACUGGAACAAUUGCAUAUGCAAGCUAGGCUCCCAGUUUCAAGUUACUGUUGAAUAGCCUUAGGGAUUGAAGAGCAAGAUAAUACUGUGUGUGUCAUGUUGAGGGGGAUUGAUGUACCAUAAUGUAAUUUUCUAAAAAUACAGGAUUGUAAUAGCUUGAUGGUGGUAUUCCAUGUUACUUUUUUGUCCUGAAGUGCUGUUAGUGGGAUAAAGUUGGAACCUCACUUUGCAAAUGGCUAGUUUCUUCUCACCAAUAAACUAUAAAGGGUUUCUAUUCGCUGCACAUGUAAACUUGCAGUUCUUAUUAUAAUCUUGACUUAGCAGUCAGCAUAUUUUCAUAGUGAUGUGCACACAAAAAUGGAUUGUUAAUGUCUUAAGAUACUUGAUGUUGCAGUUCCCUAAUGAAAGAGAACUAUGUCAUCCCUUUUCGUUAGAAAAUGUGUAUGACACUUCCAUCUCUUAAUUGGAACACUUCCUUAAUUCUUGGGCACGAUAGUGACUUCACUAUGGUAUUCUAAGUUUUUGAAACUAGCUUGCUUUUGAAACUCUUGCUCUACAUGAUGUCCUGAAAUGCCAUAUCCUGAGUUCUGUUUUCUAUAUAAAGUAACUGAGAAAAAAACACAACCAAAAGUCCCUCUGUUUGAAAUUAAAGAACAUGUAAAACAAGCACUCUGAACUUCUUGUUUGUUGUGGCUGUGUUACAGCUGCAAUAGUACUUCUCAGCAGCACUAGAGCAGCUUGGGGUUGGAGAGCCGCUUUUUCAUUGUUUGAAAAUGGGUUAGCAUCCAUUACUCAAAUCCUCAAGUGAGCAAGUUGAGAAGGGACAGGUGGUGAGUGAAUUUCAGUGUACAUAUUUGAGAUUUUUUUUUUUUUUUGGAGUCAGAAACGCUAAUAUAAAAAGAAGAAAGUAAUCUGUACAGGAAUGAGACUAGUUCAAUACCGUAUGUGGAAGUUACUAUUCUUUGUAAUCAGAUACAUGUCUACAAAUUUAAUUUACUAAUUAGAAAAUAUUUGUAUAAACCAAUGUUUAGGCAUUUUAGAAAGAAAAGCGACUACUGAGCAAGGCUGCUUGCUCAUAUAGUGAAACCUAGCAGUUCUCUAUAUAUACUUCAUCAAAAGAUGACAAUGGGAUACAAUGCAGCAUAAAUCAUCUGUUAGAUAAAUAGGGGGAUUUAUUGUUCAAGCAGGGUAAUGCUAAUCCUUUGACCAUGUCCAGUUAAGAUUUCUUUGUAUUGUGCUGACAGCUUCAUGUAUACUGAAUCACUUUGUCUAACCAGUGUCAGUGCAAAAGUGAUAUUACUCAUUGUGCUGUUAACUUUUAUUUUGAUUAGCUUCAGAGGACAAAGUAAUUGUGAGUUUCCACUACUCAAAUCUGCUUAACUAUAAAAUUUGUUUGUUUUAUUAAUGGGUUGAUUUGUUUUUUCCGGAUAAACGUAGAUUAUUUUUUAAAAUAACAUUAAGAGCCAGCCAGAAAUCUCUUACAUGUAAUGUAAGAUUCUAAUAAGCAUACACUUGCACACUUCCAAAAUGACUAUAUACCUGUCAUUUACUCCACCGUUUCCUGUGGCUUCGUUUCCUUUUACAGAACUGCUUUCACAUUUGUACUUUGAAGUAAAACUUCUGAAAACUUUACUAAACUUCCGUGUAGAUCUUUUUGCCUCCCAGUCCAGGCCUAAGUUUGUCCUGAAGCUUCUGCGUGAGUGAAAACUACAAAAAGGAAUGCUGAGUCUAUGAGUACAGAAACAAGGCUGCUUUUCCUUGAAGCAAACUUGAACUUUGGAUCUUUCCUCCUAUGAUCUGUCAUUAGAAAAUGGCCUUUUCCAGAUGGCAAAACAAAAGAAGUUAAGAAAACAAAUGAAUUAAGAAGAAUUAAUUGAAGCUGCAUAUUACAAGUUGACAUUAUACAUCUGGCAUUUCUGUUUAUGCUUCUGCAUCAGUACAUUUCAUUCCUAUUUAAUAAGUUCCUAAUUUUGUGAUUUUUUUUUUCAAGACUUCGAAGUGCCUAUGAAGAACUGAAGAACAGCCUGUAGUAAAGUAUUGUUCCCAGUUUAGCUGUACUUCAUUUUUUUAAUCAAAUCUUUUUCUUCAGUGGAUAAACUCACAAGAUUAGAAAAGCCUCUUGAACUCCCUCAUGUUUGAGUUGGCAAAAUUCCCACACACAAUUAUCCACACACAACUACUUUUAAAAGACCUUUAUUAAGGCUUUACAAAGUUGAGCACUCAGAAGUUAGGAAAUGGCAAAACCAAGUUUGUGCACUGUUAGUUUGCCCGCUUUUUGUGAGUAUCUGCAGUAUCUGAUGAAGCCUUCAGUACCUGCUCAGAAAGUGAGCUCAGAAGGCUGCCCCAGAGGUGUCUAAAACUGCUCAACUUUGUGUGCCUGACCUUGUGUAAUCUUAAGUUCUCUUAAGAUACGUAUAAUUAGGUUUUUAAAAGUUGAACUUAAUGAAUGGCAUCAUGUUAUUACGUGUAACCCAUGCAUGUGUCAGGAUUGAAUCCUUAAUGUUCUGUGUAUGGGCACCCGUUCUUGACCUAAGCACUCGAUGUAGUGGUGAGUAACUGAGCUGAAGCAACACGCUUUGUUUUCACAUUUCACUGGCAGGCCACACGCAAGUGUGACUGAAGCCAGGAAUUUUUGCUUCAGUUCUGAGCCUAAAAGAACAUUUCUGUGAAGGCUGCAGACUCUCCAGCCCAGUUUCUUUCCUGAUCUAUUCUGCCUGAGCUGUCAAAUCUCAACUCUAUUCCCUCAGCCCCUUGGUUCAGUCCAAGUCAUCCUUGUUCGUUCACUGCUCCUUGGCAAAGAAACUGAUCUUCAGCCCAGCCUCUUCAAAUGGCUUUUCUUCUCUGCUGCCUAUUUAUUUUCCAUCUCAGCUUCUUUCUUCCCAUCGCCCUUCCAGUCUUGUUCUUCCCUGCCUGCCUGUCCCAGACUUAGGGCCCAUGGGAGCCCUUCGUGGCUGCACCCAGGCUGCCUGGCAGAGCUCUCCCUUGACGUGUCUAACUCUGAUCCCAGAUGCUUUUUCCCAUGCUUAGGGAUCCGCUCGCCUUUCUGCUUCCCCUUUGAUCAAAUCUGUUCCUUCUUCCUCUUCCAGUUUGGAACCAUGAGUCUUGUCAACUGUCUCCUUUCUGUCUCCAGCUUUUUUCUGCUGUUUCAGUGCAGCAUAUUUAUUUAUAGUAAAUAGCAUGCUUUUAUAUUCAGUGUGGAAUCUUUAUGAAAUGAAGCACUAGCUCAAUGCUGUUAACCUAUUCAAAAGUGUUUUAAAACUUUUUUGUGUGUUUUGUUUCAGUUUAAGAAUUGUUUGGGAGAUCUAGAAUGCAAAAUGCAUUCUAAGGUAUUUUAAGAAGGGGGGCAUGAAGGUGGCUAAUUGGAAAAAUCAGUUAGUGUUAAUUGAGCUGU